AUGGAAGGAAAGUUUUCUUUUGUAUGUGCCAUAAUCCUUUGUGUUACUGUGAUAGAACUUGCACAAGGAGAAUAUUACUCUGAAACUAUACCAGUUAGAAAAAUACCAGAGAAAACUACCAAUCUCCAUUUCUUUUUUCAUGAUAUAGUUAGUGGAGAAAACGCAACUGCGGUUCAAAUAGCCAAAUCCAACAAAACCAGCAAGGUUGGUGGAGCACUCUCAUUUGGGACACUUAGUGCCAUUGAUGAUGCUCUAAGGGUAGGUGUUGAACCAAACUCAGAAAUCAUAGGGAGAGCGAAAGGGCUAUAUUUGGCAGCUAGCCAAGAAGAUGAAAUGGCUUUAGUUUCGUACAUGGAUCUUGGGUUCACAACAGGCAAGUUCAAUGGAAGUUCAUUUGUUGUGUUUUCGAAAAACCCUAUAAUGGAGACAGAACGUGAGCUUGCUGUUGUUGGAGGAAGAGGACAGUUUAGGAUGGCUAGAGGGCUUGCGAAACUCUAUACCCGGUACUUCAAUCUUACUAGUGGGGAUGCCAUUGUUGAAUAUAAUGUGACCUUGUUUCAUUACUAAUGGAAGAAGAUCCAUUUGGAAAAAAGUAAAAAAAAAAACCUUUGAGUUGUUAUCAAUAAAGAGUCUCCUGAAUCAUGUGAU